GUUCGCUGUAGAGCGGCGGGAGCGGAGCGGGGCCCCUAACAUGGCGGAGCAGCCCGGGGCGUCCAGCCCGAGACAGCAGCGCCGGGGGCCGGGGGCAGAGGAGCUGCCGCUGCCGCGCUGAGCAGCCGCCGGGGGAGCGCCCGGCCGCCCGCCGCCAGCAUGGCCCGCUGGAUCCCCACCAAGCGGGAGAAGUACGGGGUCGCAAUCUACAAUUACGAGGCUGUCCAAGAUGUGGAGCUCUCCUUGCAGGUUGGUGAUACGGUUCACAUUUUGGAGAUGUAUGAAGGUUGGUACAGAGGAUACACCCUCAGGAAUAAAUUGAAAAAGGGCAUUUUUCCCAAAACUUACAUUCAUUUAAAAGACGCAACUGUGGAAGACCGAGGACAACAUGAAACAGUGAUUCCAAGUGAACUGCCUCUUGUUCAAGAACUCACUUCCACACUGAGGGAGUGGGCAGUUAUCUGGCACAAGCUGUAUGUGGACAACAGGAUGACACAAUUUCGGCAUUUACAACAAAUGACCUAUUGCCUGAUAGAAUGGAGAUCACAGAUACUCUCUGGGACCCUUCCCAAAGAUGAGUUGGCAGAACUCAAGAAGAAGGUCACUGCUAAAAUUGACUACGGCAACAGGAUCUUAGGGCUGGAUCUGGUGGUGCGAGAUGACAAUGGAAACAUCCUGGACCCAGAUGAAACCAGCACGAUUGCUCUCUUUAAGUCCCAUGAGAUGGCAUCCAAAAGGAUCGAUGAAAGGAUCCAAGAGGAGAAGUCUCUGCAACAGAAUUUAGAUCUCCGAGGACAGCCAGUAUUCAACACAACACACACUUACAGUCUGUACGUGAACUUCAAGAACUUCGUCUGCAACAUUGGUGAAGAUGCAGAGUUGUUCAUGAGCCUCUAUGAUCCUGACCAGUCGAAACUGAUCAGUGAAAAUUACCUGGUUCGUUGGGGCAGUAAUGGGAUGCCGAAGGAAAUUGAGAAACUUAAUAAUCUCCAAGCGAUCUUUACAGACCUGAGCAGCUCUGACCUGAUCAGGCCCAAAAUCAGCUUGGUGUGUCAAAUUGUGAGAGUGGGGCACAUGGAGCUAAAAGAUGGGAAGAAACACACCGGUGGGCUCCGGAGACCAUUUGGGGUGGCAGUAAUGGACAUUACUGAUAUCAUACAUGGGAAGGUGGAUGAUGAGGAAAAGCAACACUUUAUUCCUUUUCAGCAAAUCGCAAUGGAAACCUACAUCAGGCAGCGACAGCUAAUCAUGUCUCCUCUAAUGACUUCCCAUGUGAUCGGCGAGAAUGAGCCUCUGACUUCGGUCUUCAACAAAGUCAUCGCUGCAAAGGAAGUGAAUCAUAAAGGGCAAGGCCUCUGGGUCUCCCUGAAGCUGUUACCUGGAGACUUAGCCCAGGUUCAGAAGGAUUUUUCUCACCUUGUCGACAGAUCGACUGCAGUGGCUCGCAAAAUGGGAUUCCCUGAGAUUAUUCUGCCUGGUGAUGUUCGAAAUGACAUCUACAUCACUCUGAUACAAGGGGAGUUUGACAAAGGGAAGAAGAAGACUCCCAAGAAUGUAGAGGUCACCAUGUCUGUGCAUGAUGAAGAUGGCAACCUCUUGGAGAAAGCUAUCCAUCCAGGCGCUGGUUAUGAAGGGAUCUCCGAAUACAAGUCUGUUGUUUACUAUCAAGUCAAGCAGCCUUGUUGGUAUGAAACCGUAAAGGUGUCUAUUGCAAUUGAAGAGGUCAGUCGUUGCCAUCUGAGGUUUACGGUCCGUCACCGAUCAUCACAGGAAUCCAGGGAUAAAUCGGAGAGAGCUUUCGGGGUGGCCUUUGUGAAACUGAUGAAUGCGGAUGGAACAACUCUGCAGGAUGGCAAACACAAUUUAGUCGUUUACAAGGGCGAUAACAAGAAAAUGGAAGACGCUAAAUUCUACUUAACUCUUCCUGGCACAAAAGUAGAGGAGGAGAAGGUCGGCCCACCAGGCAAAAACCUGCACCACUCGUCCAACUUCACGCCCACUAAAGACAGCACGAAGGACAGCUUCCAGAUCGCCACUCUUAUCUGCUCCACCAAACUGACCCAGAACGUUGACCUGCUGGGUUUGUUGAACUGGCGUUCUAACUCUCAGCACAUAGCGCACAACCUAAAGAAGCUAAUGGACGUGGAAGGAGGAGAAAUUGUAAAGUUUUUACAAGACACACUUGAUGCACUUUUCAACAUAAUGAUGGAGAUGUCAGACAAUGAAACCUAUGACUUCCUUGUGUUCGAUGCACUGGUAUUUAUUAUUUCUCUGAUCGGAGACAUCAAGUUCCAGCAUUUUAACCCUGUACUUGAAACUUAUAUUUACAAGCACUUCAGCACCACCCUGGCUUAUGUGAAACUCACCAGAGUACUGAACUAUUACAUACAAAAUGCAGAUGACUCCAGCAAGACAGAAUUGCUGUUCGCUGCCCUGAAAGCCUUGAAGUAUCUGUUCCGAUUCAUCGUCCAGUCACGGGUACUGUACCUGAGGUUUUAUGGGAAAGUCGAAGAUGGGGAUGAGUUUAACAAUGCAGUCCGCAAGUUGUUUUUCUCCUUCAAUGUCCUCAUGGACCGACCACUAGAGGAGGCUGUCAAGAUUAAGGGCGCAGCUUUAAAAUACUUACCAAGCAUCAUAAAUGACGUCAAACUGGUAUUUGAUCCGGUUGAGCUCAGCAUCCUCUUCAGCAAAUUUAUCCAAAGUAUCCCUGACAACCAGUUAGUUCGGCAGAAACUCAAUUGCAUGACCAAGGUAGUGGACAGUGAUCUGUUCAAACAAUCCGAAUGCAGAGAUGCUCUCCUGCCUCUACUAAUAGAUCAGCUAAGUGGCCAACUGGAUGACAAUUCAAACAAGCCAGAUCAUGAGGCCUGUUCUCAGCUCCUCAGUAACAUUCUAGAAGUGCUUGACCGGAAGGAUGUGGGGCCCACUGCAGUUCACAUCCAGCUGAUCAUGGAGCGCCUGCUGAGGAGAAUAAACCGGACGGUGAUUGGAAUGAACAGACAGUCUCUGCACAUUGGUAGUUUUGUAGCCUGCAUGACAGCCAUCCUGAGACAGAUGGAUGAUUUCCACUAUAACCACUACAUCAGCACUUUCAAAACCAGACAGGACAUUAUCGACUUCCUGAUGGAAACCUUCAUCAUGUUUAAGGAUCUGAUCGGAAAGAAUGUCUAUGCGAAUGACUGGAUGGUGAUGAACAUGAUGCAGAGCAGGGUUUUCCUCCGAGCAGUGAACCAAUUUACCUCUGUGCUCAACCGAUUCUUUCUGGAUCAAGCAAGCUUCGAACUUCAGCUCUGGAACAAUUACUUCCACUUGGCAGUAGCUUUUCUCACUCACGAAUCCCUCCAGCUGGAGAACUUCUCACAGGCCAAACGCAACAAAAUUGUCAAGAAAUAUGGGGACAUGAGGAAAGAGAUUGGCUUCAAAAUAAGGGAUAUGUGGUAUAACCUGGGCCCCCAUAAGAUCAAGUUCAUCCCAUCGAUGGUGGGUCCAAUCCUGGAGGUGACCCUGAUACCUGAGCCUGAGCUGCGGAAAGCUGCCAUCCCCAUCUUCUUUGACAUGAUGCAGUGCGAGUUCAACUUCAGUGGGAACAGAAACUUCCAUAUGCUUGAAAAUGAGUUGAUAACCAAACUGGACCAGGAAGUGGAAGGGGGCCGAGGGGACGAGCAAUACAAGGCCUUGCUGGAGAAACUCCUGCUGGAGCACUGCCGGAAGCACAAAUACCUGUCGAGUUCUGGAGAAGUGUUUGCUUUGCUGGUCAGCAGCCUGCUAGAAAAUCUCUUGGACUACAGGACCAUCAUGCACGAUGAAAGCAAGGAGAACCGUAUGAGCUGCACUGUCAACGUGCUGAAUUUUUAUAAGGAGAAGAAACGGGAGGACAUAUACAUCAGGUAUCUGUAUAAACUCCGGGAUCUACACAGAGACUGUGAGAACUUCACAGAGGCAGCAUACACUCUGCUUCUCCACGCAGAACUCCUUAAGUGGUCCGAUAAGCCGUGUGCUCCCCAUCUGCUGCAGAGGGACAGCUACUAUGUUUAUUCACAACAGGAACUCAAGGAAAAACUCUACCAAGAAAUCAUCUCUUUCUUCGACAAGGGCAAAAUGUGGGAGAAAGCAAUCCAGCUAAGCAAAGAGUUGGCUGACAUGUACGAGAACCAAGUCUUUGAUUACGAGGGGCUUAGUAACCUUUUGAAAAAACGAGCCAAGUUUUAUGAGAAUAUUAUGAAGGCGAUGAGACCUCAGCCAGAGUAUUUUGCUGUUGGGUAUUAUGGGAUGGGUUUCCCCUCAUUCCUCCGGAAUAAAAUCUUUAUCUACCGUGGCAAGGAGUAUGAACGGCGGGAAGACUUCAACCUGAAAUUGCUGACCCAGUUUCCAAACGCUGAGAAGAUGACCAGCACUACCCCUCCAGGAGAGGAGAUCAAGUCUUCCCCUAAACAGUAUGUGCAGUGCUUUAUAGUGAAGCCUGUGAUGAACCUGCCACCCAACUAUAAAGACAAGCCUGUUCCGGAGCAGAUCUUAAACUACUACAGAGCCAAUGAGGUGCAGCAGUUCACACAUUCCCGGCCAUUUAGGAAAGGAGAAAAAGAUCCGGAGAAUGAAUUUGCGACCAUGUGGAUUGAAAGAACGACUUACACAACCGCCUACACAUUCCCAGGCAUCCUCAAGUGGUUUGAAGCCAAACAGAUUACAAUGGAGGAGAUCAGCCCUUUGAAGAAUGCCAUCGAAACCAUGGAGCUGACCAAUGAGAAGAUCAGCAACAGCGUCCAACAGCACGCCUGGGACCGGGCCCUGCCUGUGCACCCGCUCUCCAUGCUGUUGAAUGGCAUUGUGGACCCUGCAGUCAUGGGGGGAUACACCAACUAUGAAAAGGCCUUUUUUACGGAGAAGUAUAUCCAAGAACAUCCUGAAGAUCAAGAUCAAAUUGAACUACUUAAGCAAUUAAUUGCCUUACAGAUGCCUUUGCUGGCUGAAGGGAUUAGGAUUCAUGGUGAGAAACUGACUGAGCAGCUGAAGCCCCUGCAUGACAGACUGACAACGUGCUUCAAAGAGCUGAAGAAGAAAGUAGAGAAGCUCUAUGGUGUGAUAACUCUGCCUUCCUCCCUGACGGAGAGGAAGCAGAGCAGGUCAGGCUCGGUGGUAUUGCCCUACAUCAUGUCUUCCACGCUGAGACGGCUGUCUGUCACCUCUGUGACUUCCUCUGUGGUAUCUACGUCCUCCACCUCAUCUGACAGCACCUCCUCCAGGCCAGGAUCUGACGGAUCCAUUCUCGAGCCUCUCUUGGAGAGAAGGCUGUCGACGACCUCCAAGGCUGAAGAGCUGCCUGUCAAGGAAGACGCCGAUAACCGGAUUAACAAAUUCAAGCGGAAGGAUUGGAGUAUUAGCAAGUCUCAGGUUAUUGUGGAGAAGGAGCCAGAAGCUGAACUGACUUCCAAAACGAGCACAUCAGAAAAAGCACAGAGGCCAAAGAGUCUUCAGAUAGGAGACAGCAGACUGACACUGCUUCAGGCUUCCUCACUCCAGCAGUCAAUCCCACUCACUCCACCCCCGAUCACUCCAAAAACCCCAAGAACCCACAGUUUUCCCUCAUUGCAGACAGAUGGAUUGGCAACUGCUAACUUCCAGAGCACCCCACCUCCGCCUCCACCCAAGAGCAAACCCUAUGAGAAUAGCAACUCCAGGAACUCUUUGGAGGUUGCCCCACCACUGCCCAGCAGACGUGAAGUCAAACCUCCCCCUCCGCCUCCGAAAGCAAGAAAAUCCAGCGUCGUCUCUUCGGAGCAGGGAUUGCAAUAAGGAUUCCCUCUGCAUAUCCAAUAACACCUUGAGAGAAAUGGGCUGCUUUUCUUUUACUGUCACUCUGGGUCUUUCCAGCCCUAAAGACUGGUGAUCCCAUCUUCCAUUCCCUUCCCUGGGAGUUUCCCCCAGGUAAUUCCAAAAUAAGCCACUUGAACUGUAUAUAUUUUGCAUUCCCAACCCUCUGAUUUUCCUUGCACCCAUUAAGUCACUAAGCCUGAUGGGGAACUUUGAGCUUUAAAAUGGAGGCAGUGUUACCAGAAAUCUGAGGCUCAUCCCCCAAAAGAGCUUGUCUGUACUGGUGGUGGUUCCACAAGUGUAACUGCAUCAGCGCAAACCCCUCGUGCAUGUGUGCCAUGCUAGUGUGAAAAGGAUUUGCAGCAGCACUUAAUCAGAGGUCAGCCACGUCAAUGCAAAACACUCCUUAUACUGCCCCAGCAUGUUUGCAUUACAGGUUUAUACCUAUGCAGCUGCACCAGUGGGGCGGAGGGUCAAGGGGGGAGUAAGAGAGCCCUGAUUUGCAUGGAAUGGACCAGAUUACAGCCAUUCCCAUCUGUGAAAUGCAGCCCCUGGAGACGACAGGUACUAACAUGUGAUGUUCUGCCUCAAUUCAAGCGGCCUCACAAGGUUCUGAUUGUGUCCUGAGACCUGCUGCGAGCAAAAAUGAUCCUCCUCUGCAGGGCCCUGACGUCUCUGCUGGUCACUCCUGUGUAUUAAAGACGAGGGCAGGUUGCUCACACUUGGGCCAACAAUGGUGGUAGCUCACUCCCAGGGGAGAGUUUGGGUUCGCCAACCCCGCCUCAGACCUUUGCUUUUGAUUCUUGUUUGAAUACUGCAAAGCAGCUGAUGCUCCGCCGGUGUUGCCUACCUGCUCAGCCUGUGUGCUCACGGGACGCAAUAGGCUACGACAUCUUUUUUUUUUUUUUUUUAAUAACUGAACAAUGGUGCAAAAAAGUCCUCUCUUCCCUGGUACGCGUUGCUUUAGCAUGAACAGGUUGCAAUUAUCAUUAUGGGCAGCUCAUCAAGAGGGACUGAGGUUAUGUCUGCAUUGUGAGAAAAGACCCACGGCACAGCCGCAGCUGGCCCGGGUCAGCUGACUCAAGCUCAUGGGGCUUGGGCUGCGGGGCUAUAAGAUUACAGUGCAGACGUUCAGGCUGGUGCUGGAGCCUGGGCUCUGGGACCCCACAAGACGAGAGGGUUUCGGAGCCUGGGCUCCCAAGCUUCUACACUGUUGACCUUAGCAAGUGUGAAAAAUCAAGAAACUUUUUUUUUUCCACAUGGCAGGGGGUUAGUUGUGUACAUAAGACAAAGUCCCUAAUAUCAAGAUGUUUGGUCACCCUAGUUGACCUAGGCCCUGAGACUUGGUUUUUAUCGCAGUAUAGAUGUACAUCUGAAUCUCAUAAACCAAGUUCAAUAACCAUUAGCCUUUCAAAUCCCAGUUGAACUCUUGGCCUUCCAAUCCACGCACUCACAAGCACGCCCCCUCUUACUGCACCCUGUUGUUGCAACUCUUCUUGUGCCUUUUGUCCUGUGCCUUUUGUCUGGGAGCUUCCAUUGUGUUCUGCACACAAAACACUUGGCCUAACUUUUAACAAUCACUAAAUUCAAAUGAGUCACACCUAGGUCUGAGAGGGACAUGAAAGACUGGACAGUACACCCUGAAGUUUCUGGUUUCUUGGGUUGCUCCAGUUCCUGAUGGGCUGUGUUUGGUGAAUAUGACAAUUAUGCUGUUUAGGGAUAUUUUAUAGAAUCAGUUCUAAUUCUUCUCUCUUAAUUACUUAUUCCUUUCUUCUGUUGUUUUCAGUGUGUGGCAGCAGCAUUCUGUUUAAUAAGUUUACACUGCCUGAUAGUCAAUCUAAAUUUUCCCUUCUAUAACUUCAUCCCCUGACUCCUAUUUAUACCGCCACUUGCCACCCUAAAUAAUUCCUUUCCCUGCUUGGUGUUAACAUCCUUCAAAAGCAUGUAGACCAGUUUUGCGGUCCCUCCCUUAGGGCGUGAUCCAGAGACUGCUGGAGUCAAUGGGCAUCUUUCCAUUGAAUUUAGCGGGCUUUGGAUCAGGCCCUUAGUCCAAAUAGGUAGGUCAUUAUCAUAACUCUUGUAAUCUUGUUUCAUAAAUCAAUCCCUCCAGGACCCUGCUCAUUUUCAUCGCCCAUAGUUUUCUGGUCACGUGAUGAUCUGAAUAGGUGAGGUCAAUUUAAAAAUGUGUGCUUGUUCUUUUUAGCCCUGCAAAACAAAUGAAAGAACUAGGUGGCCUAUAUUCUGCAUUCCCUUUCUCUGUCUAGGUUUGUAUAUUAUGAUCAUCACCAAAGUAUCUUAAGGUAUGUCUACACUGCAGUAAAAAGUCCGUGGCACCCAGACUCAGAACCCGGGUCAGUUGACUUGACCUCCCAGGGCUUGGGCUGCAGGACUAAAAAUAUCAGUGCAGCUGGUUGGGCUGGGGCACUAGCCCGAGCCCAGACUUUGAGGUCCUCCCGGUUGUGGGGCCUCAAAGCCUGGACUCCAGAUCGAGCCCAGUCAUCUACACUGCAAUUGUAUAGCCCCACAGC